CAGAACUGUCAAAUAUUAACUAAGUUAAAGACUUUGUCUGGCAAGUUUCUUCAUAUCCCAGUGUGAACAAACUGACAGACUGGAGAAAAUGGAAUCAAGUCCUGCUUUUUUGUGUCUUUGGCUGUGCUUCAUUGUUUAUGCUUCUACAUCAAAUGGUUGCUCUGAGAUCCCAGUGGUCGAGAAUGCAGUGGUUUCUGAAAGCUCAAAAAAAAACCAAUACUCUGAGGGUGAUACACUUGAAUACAAUUGCGAACAUGGCUACAUCUCUCAGAGAAAAAUAACCUACCAGUGUACCAAUAAUGAAUGGAAAAAAGGUCGUGAUGUUAAAUGUUCACUCAAACCCUGUGAGUCACCUCAAGAUAUUCUAAAUGGUCGUUACAUUAUCGAAAAGGGAAGAAACUUUGUUUUUGGAACAACCAUCAAGUAUAUCUGCAAUGAUGGAUACCAGAUUAUGAGUCGAUUUGACACCAGAACAUGUCGGGAAGGUGGAUGGGACAAUCAGUUACCUGAAUGUGAAGAGGUAUCAUGUCAACGAAUUGUCCCAGAAGGAAACGUCAGAGUGGCGGGACUCCCUGAGCACUCUGAUGACUUCAUCCGAAGUGGACACAGGUUGACAUUUUCAUGUGAGGGUAAUGGACUGAUUUUACGAGGACAGAAAGUAAUCACCUGCCAGUCAAAUGGAGAAUGGAGCAGCCCAUUACCAAAAUGUGUUGAGGCAACAUGUCUUCUGCAGUCGAACAGAACAGUGGGAGACUUAAAAAUUAAGGGACUCCCUGAUAUUGAGGGUCCCGUCAAACCUGGACACAAGCUAACUUUUUCAUGCACUGGAGAAGGGAUGACAUUAAACGGAGAGAAAGACAUCACCUGCCUGUCAAAUGGAGAAUGGAGCAGCCCUUUUCCUAUAUGUCAAGAAAUUGCCUGUGAGGGGGAACAACUCAUUAAUGUUGAAAUUCUAUAUGGACAUCCAAGUAUUGUUUCACCUUACAGACCUCGACAUGUUUUACUUUUUCGAUGCACUGAUGUGAACCUGAAGCUUUACGGACGUCGAGCAAUUGAAUGCCAGUCAGAUGGAAAAUGGGAUUACCCGUAUCCGACAUGUAGAGAUAGAUGUGAAGUUCCACGUGACCAGCAUAUCUAUAAGCCUUAUGAUAACUUUAAUGGAGAUCUGAAACAGGGAGAAAGAAGAUCUUACCACUGUGAGUCUGGAUAUCGUGAAACAGCAGCAGAGGCAACAUGUACACAAGACGGAUGGACACCAGAUCCACUGUGUGCCGAGAUUAGAUGUGAAGUUCCACGUGACAAGCAUGUCCAUAAUCCACAUGAAUACUUUAGAGGAGAUCUGAAACUGGGAGAAAGAAUAUCUUACUAUUGUUUCCAGGAUGGACAAUAUCAAAAAUCAGAGGCCACAUGUACACAAGACGGAUGGACACCAAAACCACUGUGUCCUGAGAUUAGAUGUGAAGUUCCACGUGACCAGCAUCUGUCUUUCCCAGACAAUUAUUUCAGAGGAGAUAUGAAACUGGGAACAAAACACAAUUACUAUUGCGAGUCUGGGUAUGAGAAAAAGGCAGAAGAAGCCACAUGUACACGAGAUGGUUGGACACCAAAUCCACUGUGCACUGAAAUAACUUGUGAGCUUCAGUCAACUACAUCUGGAGUAAAAAAGAUCAUCCCAGAGGGAAAGACUAUGUUCAGAGCUGGAGAAAGUGUGGAGAUUAUCUGCUCUGUCAAACGCGUUUGGUUUUUUAAAGAAACCAGCAAAAAAAUUACAUGCCAAGAUAAUGGGGAGUGGGAUCAUAAGCCUGGUUGUGAAGGGAUUAGAUGUGAAGUUCCACGUGACCAGCAUGUGUCUCACCCAGACAAUUAUUUCAGAGGAGAUAUGAAACUGGGAACAAAACACAAUUACUAUUGCGAGUCUGGGUAUGAGAAAAAGGCAGAAGAAGCCACAUGUACACGAGAUGGUUGGACACCAAAUCCACUGUGCACUGAAAUAAUUUGUGAGCUUCAGUCAACUACAUCUGGAGUAAAAAAGAUCAUCCCAGAGGGAAAGACUAUUUUCAGAGCUGGAGAAAGUGUGGAGAUCACCUGCUCUGAAAAAGGAGGGUAUGAUACAAAAGAAACCAGAAAAUCAUUUAGAUGCCAAGAGAACGGGGAGUGGGAUCAUAAACCUGGUUGUGGAGAGAUUAGAUGUAAAGUUCCACGUGACCAGCAUGUGUAUAGACCAUCUGAUUACUUCAGUGGAGACAUGAAAUUGGGUACAAAAAAAUCUUACCGUUGUGAGCCUGGAUAUAAUAAAAGAGCAGAAAAGGCCACAUGUACACAAGACGGAUGGACACCAGAUCCACUGUGUGCUGAAAUAACUUGUGAGCUUCAGUCAACUACAUCUGGAGUAAAAAAGAUCAUCCCAGAGGGAAAGACUAUGUUCAGAGCUGGAGAAAGUGUGGAGAUCACCUGCUCUGAAAAAGGAGGGUAUGAUACAAAAGAAACCAGAAAAUCAUUUAGAUGCCAAGAGAACGGAGAGUGGGAUCAUAAGCCUGGUUGUGGAGAGAUUAGAUGUAAAGUUCCACGUGACCAGCAUGUGUCUCACCCAGAUUAUUACUUCAGUGGAGAUCUAAAACUGGGAACAAAAAUAUAUUACUAUUGUGAGUCUGAAUAUAAUAAAAUGGCAGAUAAGGCCACAUGUACACAAGACGGAUGGACACCAAAUCCACUGUGCGCUGUCCCAGGGAAAUGUGGUCCACCACCACCAGUGAACGAUGGAGAUACAACAGAUAUUACAAAAAAGGAAUACAAUACAGGAGAGAGAGUUGAAUACUUCUGCUUUAGUAAAUACACACUGGAUACACGUUCCCCUUUCUCCAACAUCUUGACCUGUCAGCAAGGAGAAUGGGGAGGAAAGGUUAAGUGUUUAAAGCCCUGUACAGUGACAGCGGAGAUAAUGAAGGAAAGAGGUAUAGACUUCGCCUACGGUGGUGAACAAAAGUUGUUUGCACCACAUGAUGAUCACCUCACCUUUAAGUGUCUGUGGGGCAAAAGACCAGUAGGUGUUGGCUUCAGACAAAAGUGUAAUGAUGGAGUGAUGACUUUGCCUGAGUGUGUGUGACAGUGGAAAUAAAACAUAGAUGAAGCAA